UGGAUAUAAAAGGAUGAACAACUGAGCAUCCAACAGCCAAGCUAAAGCCAAGUUAAAGAAGAAACUUGCUUUCUUAUUUCUUCUCAAAAUCGAGUCUCAAGCAUGGUUCUCCUUAGAAUCUCCGCUUUCCUUGUGGUUUACGCUGUUUUCACAUGUCAGAUAAACGGCUCCCACGCAGUCCCACUCAGAGCUAUGCUGGAGGCAUCAUCAGACCGGGUGGCACUCAAUGACUACGAGGUCCAGCGACUACUGAAUGCGCUCGUUAAGGAAUUCGUGCAGAUGAUGGCGGAGGAACUGGAGCAACAAGUACCUGAGGCCAACAGCUUGGAUAGACCUAUUGUGAAACGAUGCACGAGUCUGAGCACUUGUGUGGUGGGAAAGUUGUCCCAGCAAUUGCACAAAUUACAAAACAUCCAGCGCACUGACGUAGGAGCGGCAACUCCCGGCAAGAAAAGGAACAUUCUCACUGGGCUGGAAAGCGACCACUAUGCAACCUACGGACAGCCAUUUGAAAGCGCCUAAUCGUUUGUUUUGCUGCAUGGAUCUCAAACGCUUGAGCGAUAAAGAGCCCAAUAAAGUGCUGUGUUUAUUUUCAUCCCCGUUUGUCACGUAGAACAUUAGGC